GCGAUCGGUGCUUCGAAGGUGCCCAUUUGAAGUGUGUGAGAGAUAUUUCUGUACAAUUUUGCAUGAUCUCCGUGCUAAGAAAAACUGAUCUGUGUUCUGAUUCUGUGGCAAUUUGUGACAAUGUGAACUUUCAGACCGAAAAAAUACAGAGAGAAAUCAUUGGAGACAAUUGCUAAGAGAAAAUUGCAAUCAAGGAAAUAAUCAGAGAAUUGUGAUCAAAAGCAUAAAGAGUUUAUGUGGAAUUUUUUUUUUCCUGUCAAGUUGUGUAAAAAUUUUCUCCUUUGUGGAUAAUAAAAUUUUUUAAAACAUUUUUUUUUAGUGCAAGUUCAUGGAUAUUUUUCAUACGAAAAAAAUAAGCAAUUUGUGCUCGAAAUAUUUCACCACACAUUUUCUGUAAUUAUAAAAUUUUUGGCGAAUAAUUUCCAAAAAAGGUGCUUCAUGUGUUAUGUGGCGGUAAAGUGACGUGUAAUGCGGAUAUACCUGAAGAAAAGAAUAAUUUGCACAAAUUGUUAGUGAGAGAGGUAACAUAAAAUGCUUUUUUUUUAUUGAUCAACAUUACAAUUUUUUUCUCCCUUUUUGCUAUUUGGCAAAUUACCUUCUCUCACUCUCUCUCACUUUGAAGUUAAUUUAUUUUCCAAACCACAAAACUAUUUCUCUUAUUUCUUCUCUUUCACGCGAGUACUGCCCGAGAUGAGGGACCUACUUUUUUUUCUCUUAAAUGUGUGUACAUAUUUGCCUUUCAACGUGAUGUUAUAAAAUUCCAAAUAAUCAUUGAUUGAGUAGAGUCUCAAUGGUGGCAGCAACAUUUCAAAGUCAAUCUCUUGUGUAAUAAUCAUAAGAUUUAAUGACAAACUCCAAGAUGAAAAGCGUGAUAAAAAAAUUUGUGAUUUUCUCUUCUCACAGUAAAUUUGUGGAUAUAUAGCAAGUGUUAAGGAGAUGUCUCAGAGAUGCUGAAAGACCGCCAAAAGACGCUUUGCUAAUAAAAUCUUCCCAUUUUAUCACUCAUCUUCAACUUCUUGCACUUUUGUGAGCAACAAAGCAACACUAAGCUGCACAAGAGCAUGAUGCAUUAAUUAGCAAAACACACGUAAUCAUAUGUCUUUAGCAUUAAAGUGUCUGCUUAUGAUACUUCUCGCUCUCUUUCUACUAUGUUCUUACUUUUGGGAUCAAUAGCCAUAACCGAAAGAAAGAAAGAAAGAAAGAAGAAAAUAUCUUCUAACAUUAUUUACAUAUCGCGUUCGAUUUCAGAAACUUUUCUUCUGCAAACAUUUGCGUGCCCAGAGAAAGAGGAAAAACAAACAAAUUUUCUGUUGAUAAAAGUUAACAGUUUUCACUUUUUUGCCCACAAUCUCACACAUCUGCGUGAUUAUUUUAUGGGCUCAAAGAUAUAAAAUAGGGUGUUCAACAAAUUCCUAUUGUGAAAAAAAAAUUGAAAAGAAUGCGCAGCAUAAACUCUUUGAAUCAUAAAUACAAAUUGUGAAUGAACUUGGAUUUUUAUUGAAUUGAACCUCGUUAUCAAAUUAACUAAUUUUAUGGAGAACUUUGCACUUUAAGAUGAAAAAAAGAAACCGAAAAAAAUUAAAGGUGCUACUUUUGAUGGAAUCAAUAAAUCUCUACCUUGACUGUGUCAUUUAAAUCUCACACUUAUUAAGCCUAAUUAACAAUUUUUUUUUUAUUAAAGAAAUAUAUCCAACCAGUUGUCCAUCAAAAUAUUUUGAGAUUUUCAUUCCAUAUUAAUUUUUUAAAUCUCUUUAAAAUGCAAACUUUUAAUGAAAAUAUUUAUUUAAGUUUAAAAGCGCAAUUUUGCAUUACUCUUCACGUUUCUUUUCAUGCGGAGUCAGGUGAUAGACAGGUACAAGAAGUUACUUCAUCAAGAAUGAAGAACAUCGUAACUUCUAAAAGCUUUCAACGCUGCAUUUUACUUUCUAUUUUAUGGCAAAUUUAAUUGACAACUAGUGCAAGAAAAUAAAAGGAAAAAUCCAAUAAAUUCCAUGAGAAACCUCGUAAUAUUUUUUCUUAAUUUCACAUAAAUAAACGAAAAAUUUACGAGUCCGAUUAUAAAAUUAAAAUGAUAAUUUUAUUCACAGACGAGAUAGAUAAAUAAAAAAGAAGUCGCGUAGAGAAUAAAAGGUCAGUGUGCAAAAAUUUAUGGAAAACUACAACAUUCACAAUUCAAGAGCAUCCCAUGAGCUUUUCACGCCCGCCCCCCAAAGCACCGAGGGAGCUUUUCUUGCAUUUAUCAGUUGUGGCGUGGAAAUUUCUCACGCCCUCCCACACCCUAAAAUUGAGAGUGAAAAGUCCUAGGAAUUUUGCAUUAUUUCUUUUAGGAGAGAUAGACUGAGAGAAGGAGCCAUUAAAAGGCCAUCAACCCAUCUGGAAGACAGUAAAAAGUGUUGUGUACACUUGAACGCAAAAGAGACGCCUUGUGCUCCACACAAGGUUGUUUUACCAAUGCGGAGAGACCGUUGAAAGAGAUCUUUUUUUGUCCAAUUUAAUAGCUCCGUCAAAAUUCACUCAAGCGCAAUUUCUUUAAAUACCAAAACCAUUUUGCACACGUAAAAAAAGGGGCGCGCGAAAAUGCACAUCUGCAAGAUAAAAUGAUCAUUUUACCAACAUACCCAUCUCGCGGAACUUGCAACAUAAAACAUUGAAAUGCUUACGCGAGUGAUGACACACAAAAAAGAAGAGUUUUGGUGGGAAAUUUACACCCAAUAUAUACGAUUUGCAGCAUAUUUAUUGCAAAAUCCACACUGUGCCUGAUAAAUUUUUCAUGUGACACGCUUAACAAACCUUUUGCUCUCUAUUGCAGGUCCUCCCCCACCCCGCAAGCUUAAGCAUAAUUUUAUGGUGUAGAAAAAAAAAUUGCGUUGCCAUAGUUGGAGAGAGCAUUAAAAAGUAAAAAACCAUAAAACGAAGACAAAAUGUCGAAGCGAAUUGCAGAUUCUCUCAUGAAGAGAACAACAUACUCUUCAGCAGCCAACAUCUUGGCCAAUGAUGUAAUGGGUGUUGAUGCACGAUCGCAUGGCCAAUUGGAUUUCUCUAUGGCGAAGCCCUACAGUGAUGUACCGGGCCCCAAAGAGCUCCCCUUCAUUGGCAAUUCAUGGAGAUUCCUCCCAAUUAUAGGUCAACAUCGUAUUCAAGAUUUGGACAAAUUAAUGCUAACGCUGCAUGAGCAAUAUGGAAAAAUUGCCAAAGUCGGUGGUCUAAUCGGACAUCCAGAUCUACUUUUCAUAUCAGACGGCGAUGAAAUUCGUAAUGUCUUCCGACGUGAGGAAACUCUGCCGCACAGGCCAUCGAUGCCAUCUCUACAUCACUACAAGGCCCACUUACGGCGCAACUUCUUUGGUGAAACAGCAGGAUUAAUUGGAGUACACGGCGAACGAUGGGAUAAAUUUCGUGCACAAGUUCAACAUGUGAUGCUCCAACCGUCCACAGCUCGGAAGUACAUAGCGCCACUUAAUGAAAUUGCCAGUGAUUUCAUGGAGAGAAUCCAUGAAAUGCGAGAUGAAAGCAAUGAACUACCCGGAGAUUUUCUCCAUGAACUCUACAAGUGGGCCUUAGAAUCUAUUGGACGAGUUUCCUUAGACACUCGCUUGGGAUGUGUGACUGGUGAAGGAAAUCUCGAGACAAAGAGAAUUAUUGAAGCAAUUAACACCUUCUUCUGGACGGUUGCUGAAGUUGAACUACGAAUGCCAAUUUGGCGUAUUUACAAAACAAAAGCCUACAAACGCUACAUCGAGGCAUUGGAUACAUUCACAGAGCUUUGUCAGGAGAAUAUAAAUCGAGCAAUGGAGAAAAUAGCACAGGAUCCAACGGAAAAGAAUGAAGAAAAUAUUUCACUACUCGAAAGAAUUGUUGAAAAGACGGGAAAUCCCAAAAUUGCCGCCAUUCUCGCGAUGGAUCUCUUCCUCGUGGGCGUUGAUACCACAUCUGUGGCAGUUACAUCAACAAUCUAUCAACUGAGUCAGAAUCCAGAGAAACAAGAAAUUCUCCUGAGGGAAUUGAAAGGCAUCCUACCAAAGAAAACAUCACCAGUUGAUAUACAGACACUUGAGAAGAUGCCCUACUUGAGAGCAUGCAUCAAAGAGACUCUAAGAAUGUAUCCUGUAACAAUUGCAAAUGGACGAAGUUUGCAGUCAGACGCCAUUAUAAGUGGUUAUCACAUUCCAAAGGGAACACACGUUAUAUUUUCGCAUUUGGCUGCAUCUAAUUCACAUGAAUACUUCCCAGAACCGCAGCGUUUUAUCCCCGAACGUUGGCUCAAACGUGGAGAAAUGGAUGUAUCCGACUGUCCCCAUGCAGGUCAAUCAAUCCACCCCUUUGUGAGUUUACCAUUUGGUUUUGGACGUCGAAUGUGCAUUGGACGUCGCUUUGCUGAGGCAGAAAUGCAAAUAUUGCUCUCGAAACUAUUCCGAAAGUAUCAAGUUGAAUAUAAUUACGGUAAAUUAACAUAUAAAGUCAUGCCAACGUACUAUCCUGAAAAUGAAUUGAAAUUCAAAUUGACGGAACGUCUCAAUUAGAAAUCCCUAUCCUGUCCCUUUGCUAAAAAAAGAACCUCCAAAAGCUUUUUGGCUCUAUAGCUUUCAAAAUAAUUCACACAUAAACGAUUUAGGAGCUUUUUUCUUUCUCUCUCUAAUAGUUCCAAUUUAUGAGAAAUCAAUUCUUUUUCUUUUUGCUUUUAUGUGUAUAGAACUUCGACAAUAUGAGGAGAAUGUAAAUGAAUAAAAAAAAUAUUUUAAGAUUAUAAAAUAAAUAGAAUAAUAAAUGGAAA